AAAUGGACAUAGCUAAUGUUAGACUGUGAUUAGAUUGAAAACACCCGUGAAAAGUAUCUAAAUUAGCCCACUAGAGCAUAUAGAAAUUAGGUCGUGAGAAAAUUAUUGAAAAUUUGGACAAGACAAGAAUAUGAGUCAUGUUAUCGUCGGUGGUGGGGUCGCUGGCCUAGCUACAGCUUUCUAUCUGACUAAGCAGAGCGGAGUGAAGAGGAUUACUGUUCUUGAGUCCAGUAAACGACUGGGAGGAUGGAUAGAUACAACUAGAAAUAAAGACGGUAUUCUGUACGAGCAUGGUCCACGAACUAUUCGUCCUGUUGGUCCACAGGGUGCUAACACAUUAGCUAUGGUACAAGAACUAGGUCUCUCGGACAAAGUUCGGUCUGUGAAGCUAGGAGAACCAUCAACUAUAAACCGAAUGGUCUACGUAAACGGAGAAUUGUAUAAACUACCUUCAACCCUCAUUUCUCUUUUCAAGUCUGUGGUACUAAGGUUUGGAGAAGAUAUUGCUCAGUAUGCUGUUGAUCCGUUGGUCAGAGGAAUAUGUGCAGGGAACUCCAGAGAGAUCAGUGUACAUUUUAUAGCCAAAUAUCUUCACGAGUUAGAGCAGUCUAGUGGUUCUGUUUUAAAGGGUUACUUGAAGGAUUAUUUCAAGAAUAAAUUGUUCCCAAUACCAAAGACGAAAGAAGAAGAAUGUGAUUUGGUUAAACUUGCCAGGAGUGAGCAUUGGUCUGUCUGGGGCCUGGAGAAUGGUCUGACUACUCUCACGGAGGCCUUGAAGGAUAAACUGCUCAAGCUCGGUGUCGAGAUAUUCACGGAUUACAAGGUUCAAGACCUUUAUUUCAGAAAAGAAGUGUGUAUGGUGAAUGGAAGUAUACCCUGUGAUAAAUUAACCCUUGCUCAACCAAGUUUUGCUGCUGCUCAGCUUUUGAAAGAUAGCUCGCUACCCCUUGAACUGCAUGAGUCUCUAGCUACUAUCCCAUAUGUAGACGUUGCUGUGGUCAAUCUAGAGUUCAAAGGGAAUAUAUUGAAGAAUCCUGGAUUUGGAUUCCUUGUUCCUUCCAACCAACCUGAACCAAUUCUAGGCUGCAUCUUCGAUACUUGUACAUUUAAGCAGGGAGAUAGAACUAUCUUUACUGUUAUGAUGGGAGGCGCUUGGUUCAAUUCAUUGUUUAAAGAUAAAACACAGGCUGAAAUUGAAUGUACUGCACUAGAAACAGUACAACGGAUUCUGAAGUUCCAGGACAAGCCAACUAGAUCUAAAACAAAGAUUCUUCGGAACUGUAUAGCGCAGUAUACUGUGGGUCAUCUAGCAAGAGUUAAAACAGCCCGGGAUAUAAUAAACCAAGGUCGUCUUCCUUUGAGUAUUGUGGGGAGUUCCUACGACGGUGUUGGUAUCAACGAUACAAUUCUCUCCGCUAGAAGAUCUGUAGGAAUAUGAAUACCAUCAAGACAAAAUGGAUCUCUGUUUUUAAUCUUCAUACCAUUCUCUCCGCUAAAAGAUCUGUUGUAAUAUGAAUAUCAUCAGACAAAAUUUAUCUGUAUUUAAUCUGUGGCUUUUUUUGUGAUUCAUCUUUUCGGUAUUUUAUCUAAAAUUUCUAAUAUUGUUAUUUUUGUUUUAAAGUUUAUUUUUAUAAAUUUCAGAUAAAAAAAUUUGCAGAAUGCCGGAGAAUUCCGAUCCUCCAGGCACUCUUCUUUAUUCCCAGUCUGUUAAACCUCUAACAGAUCCAUUCUUGUCUGGUUCUACUGUAUCUACAGUUGAAACCUUGGCUGAGAGUAUUGUUGCCGCCAAUAUACAUUACUCACAGUCCAGCCCAGACGAGUGCGUUUGGUUGGAGAAUUUUUCUGUCCUGGCUUGUCAAUAUUUUAAACAGAACAUCCAUCUUUUAAACAGAUCUAACGAGAGAAC